ACAUGACUGAACAAGUUCGUUCAAGCUCGUGCAUGCUCGUAAGAAGAUAUUUAAACUUGUCGGACAAGAAUGUGGGCGGUUGGUCCCCGAUUCUUCUUUCAAAAAUUACCUGACCUUCCUAAGAUCUCAUGCUGUGUUCAACUGACCUGGCGGUUUGCCGCAUCUUCUUUUCUUACUAUGCUAGCCAGCCCUUCUGCGUUACGUUUAGUUGAGCGCUUUUCUUUGUACCGCAAAGACCGUUUCGAAUCGAGCUCAUCUUACAAAAGUUGUGUUGACAAACGCGUCUAACAAGUGCAUCAUUGUGCAUGAUCAGCGAAAUAAAUCUACUUUUAAUUGUGGAAUUAUGUCUUGUUUUGAAGACUACGAAGUGCUGAGCAUCCUCGGCACAAAUUUAAACUCUACCUGUUACAAAGUUAAAAACAAACUGACCAGUGAAGUGUUCGUAUGGAAAGCGAUUAAUUAUGAAACUUAUGCGGAACAAUCCGAUGGUGUCCUGGAGAAAAUUAAUAAACGACGACUACAACUACACACUUGUUUACUGGAAUUCUACGAUUAUAUUCUUCACGAAGAAACACGUACGGUUUAUUUGGUCACGGAAUACUGCAAAUACGGUUCGAUUGCAAAUAUAAUUCAAAAAUGUUUGAGAACUCAUCAGUACGUGCACGAAGACUUUUUAUGGAUGAUUUUGUAUAAACUUGCGGGUUUUUACAAGUGUCAUCAGAAGCAAAUGGAACCAGCGAAUAUUUACGACACUUUUGUGGAUGUCAAAGCCGAUGUAAAAGUCUUGAACUUUUCGCUAACCGAAAGUAUCGCCAAUAAUUGCAAUCUUUAUGACUUGGGUAUUUUACUGCAUCAAAUUACUCACUUAAGUCCUUGCUACCAGCCGAAUGCCGACUUCCCGGAAUAUUACUCUAAUGAUUUGCAUAAUCUGCUUAAAUUCUUAACUAAUCCAGAGCCAGAUGUUACACCAACAAUUGACGCUAUACUGUGCCAUCCUACGGUAUUACUUAAGCAAAGGCAGGACAGAAAUUAUCCUAUAUUUGUCGAGAAUCCAAAAGGCGAUCAGAAUAAACACAUCAUUGAACAAAAUGAUACGAAUGAGAGUUAUGAACGUUUGUAUCAAGUAAAAUUAGAAAACUUAAGAAAGCGCGAGAGUCAGCUUAAAAUAACCGAACAAAAAUUACAAGAACGUGAACGGAAUUUAGAAAAAAAGGAGAAAAAAAUUGCGCUUAUGGAACGCAUUGUUAAAGAAAAAACUUCGCGUGCGGAAUUAUACCUAAAACGAGCUAGGGAUUUAAAACCUAGCGUAAAAGCAAUGAAACCAUCUUCCUAUGAAAAGAACGACACAUCAUUCUCAGCCGAUUGUGGUGAAUCCACCAUAAUGCCAACCAGUCGCAAAAUGGACGUCAAGGAAAUCCCCAAACCGACUAAAUUCACUCGCACCAUGUCUGAGCGCCGCGUACGCUUCAAAUCCCACAGUCCACUGAAAGAAAUCCAUAACAUCAAAAGAGACUUCGCUAAGCCGUUACAACCGAGUAUCAGAAACAAACGGCUACCGGAUUUGCCAGAGGUAACAAUGAAUAUGAAGAAGCUAGAGUUGGAUUCUGAUAAAACAUCGGAGGCAUCGGAUAAAUGUGUCCCGUCCGCACCAAAAGCCAAAAAGAAGUUUGCAUUAAGUUCGAUGUUUACCAAUAAAAGAACAAAGAAACCGAAUUCAAUUGCAUCAUCGUCAGACUCUGUGUCGGCUCAUACUUACGAAGAUUUGGAUAAGGGGUGGGAUGAUUUCCGGCAUGAUCUUCAGGACUGUCGUCCUAUUAACUGGAGUGAAAACACUCAGACUGCACAGAACUAUGAACCUCCACAAUGGACCGGUGAUUCUAAGAAACAAGCGUUUGAUUUAUUACGGCUUAUGAAUCAAGAGGAAGUAGAUGAAAUUAAACAUACCUUCUUGUAGAAAAGAUUACAACUACUUCAUGUAAAUAUUUACCUUGUAUAUAUCUUAUCAUUAAAGUUAUCUGCUUAUCUACAAACUAGGGAUCUUGGUGCUUCUUCUUUAUAAGUUGGUGUCUGAAGAAAUACACAAUAACAGUUAUCUCAAACUUUU